UCAAUUUGUCCUUCUCAGUCCUCAACUUUCUUGUUAUAGAUAAUAUUAUACUAAGUUAGCAUGGAGGCUGCUAGGCUUGGGCUCCCACCAGGAGGUAUUAGGCGCGUGUUCGGACCAAGAGCUAUGACAGCUAAAGGGAUUUCCACGGGCUGCAUCAGUACCUCCAGUGCGAAAUGUGUCCAAGAAAUGCCGAUCAUUGAACCGGGUCAAAAUUCCGCACCACUUCUGGCUAGGGAUGUGCUUGAGAAAAAUUAUGAGUUCAGAUACAACAUGAGGAUUACAGGCCCCUAUUAUAAGCAAACUAUUACUGGCAUGAAGCCCUUUUUUCAAGACCACGGUUUGGUGCCGGGGGAUCUGAUUACUAUAUACAAGAUGAAUGAUGAGGCAUUAAUUUACUAUAUACACUUCCAGAGAGCGUAAUUUCCCAGGUAAAGGUGUUGGAAACCUACUGGUCUUGGGUAGGCAGAUGAGAACUAUAUUUGUAUUACUCUGUUGACUUCUGACUUUAUUUAUUCCAAGCUUGCCGUGUAUCCUCAGAGAUAUGAGUAAUAUAUUGUGCAUUUUUCCUUUUUGGAACAUUUUUUCCUGUAAGUGAGCUUUCUGUCCUGGGUCUUUUUCUGUUUUUUGCCCUGAAAUCCUAAUUGCAGAAUAGAAACGAAUAUGUCAU